AAUCACUUUUACCGCGGAAAUAGUAGUUUGUAAGUGUAUUACCAUUAAUCCGUAGAUUUUUUGUAUGAAAAAGUGCGGAAACAGAAAGUAUAACAAGGAAGGAUUAUGGACGAAUGGGAAAUAACUGGGUGGAUAAAGCGUAUGUGACAUUCAAGUUGGACCAUAUUGGAGUUCCGUGACGACGCAAUUGAGCCGCUGUCAUUCGAUUGAGCAACAGCAUUUGUACAAAGGUGAGAGGAGAUGGUAUCGAGAAGAAAAAUUCUAUCCCGUUCGAGGGACAACCUCGCAGACGCUCAGUACGAGGAUCAGGAAGAGGAGGAUGUCUGGUAUAAUUUGGACAAGUUGUACAAGGACCACAUACAAGAGGUGUUGGACAAGUGGAAUCAGAUAGACGAUGAGAUCUGGGCAAAGGUGAUCGUCUUCGAGCGAAACAGAAGAGUGGCAAAGGCGUACGCGCGGGCACCGGUUCUCACUGUCAAUGGUUCCAAUGAUGGCUUCGAUGGGUUUAGGAUAGGAUUAUGUGGAUUUGAUAAUCCAAUGAGAGACCCAAAAACAGAGGAAGCCAAAAGACAUAUAAAUCAAGGAGUAAAGAUCAAAAUGGACGAUCAAGGAAAUAUACUCAUCAAGAGACUGUGUAAGAGUAAUGUUUACAUUAAAACAACACACCCAGAGGAUAAUGCCGUGGGUGCUGAGAUACUGAGGAAUUCACAGGGUGCCUUGGAGCACGAGAAACCGGGAAAAAUAUUUGACAUGAACAAAUACCAAACGAAUUUGUCGAGAGAAACGAGGCGAGCUUAUCCAGACAGAAAGAGAUUAGAGAAACAGUGUCUAAGUGCUAUUGUCUUUGUACGCACUGAGGCAGAUUUAUUACAGUGCCCUGUUUGGGUACUCAUUGUCAAUGUCGUGGGUUUGGAUAUGCUGAAAUCAAAGUUGCCACCAAUUUUAGCUCUUCAAAGGCCCGUUGACAUUAAAAACCGCCCGCGAAUUCCAAUCCCCGAUGAGGAUCCCUACAGCGUCGCAGGUGUUUCCUCGUCUUCCGGUCCCAGUGACGGGAGAGACAUGAGCAGAGAUCCAAGACAGGAAUCGAUAUAUGGGCACUCGUCAAGUUACCAUCAACGCCGAGCGGAAAGACCGCCGAAACUUCCGCCAAGGGAGAACCUUUAUGGCCAUGGCAUUCCUAAGCCCGAUUACGAUGAUAUCGAAGACGACUAUGGUACAAGCAACGGUCGACCUACAGUCUUAGUUGCCGACGAGAAAAAGAGUAAAAAGAAUGACAGUAAAAAGUACGAUGAUCCUUACUACUGUGGAUUGCGUGCACGAGUACCAAAUUUCGUAAAGAUGGCAAAAAACAGUCAACAUCAACCGAAGAUGCAUCCGUCGUACGGCCACGUAAGACCGUCAUACGCCGGCCCAACCGGAUACACUAGUAGUCAAUCGUCACAAAUUUAUGCAAGUCAUGCACCGAUUAAAAGACCCCCUAUCAUGUACCACGCUAGAAGCUUUGAGAGUGGACUAGAUUCCGAUGAUCGAGUAGAUUCACCGUACAACCACAUUUAUGGAAGAUUACCAAUACCCACGAGAGGCGUCAUCCCGCCCACACCACGUGCUAUGUACAUCGGAGAAUGGGAUUAACAAUUGACACGUUUAAUCUCCUAUUUUGUAUGUACCUAUAAACUGUAUAUUGUUAAUAUACCACAUAAAUACUCAUAUUUUUUAUGA